AUGGCGAUAGUUGUGUUACUGAUAGGAAUAUUAACUCAAACAAUAUUAGGUCAAGUUAUAAUAAAUACUGAACCUAAUGAACUAGUUGAUGGAGAAUCUGAUAGUGUUACCUGUUAUUAUAACAAUGUAAUAUACAGUCAAGUUAUAAUAAAUACUGAACCUAAUGAACUAGUUGAUGGAGAAUCUGAUAGUGUUACCUGUUAUUAUAACAAUGUAAUAUACAGUCAAGUUAUAAUAAAUACUGAACCUAAUGAACUAGUUGAUGGAGAAUCUGGUCAAGUUAUAAUAAAUACUGAACCUAAUGAACUAGUUGAUGGAGAAUCUGGUCAAGUUAUAAUAAAUACUGAGCCUAAUGAACUAGUUGAUGGAGAAUCUGUUGAUGGGGAAUCUGGUAGUGUUACCUGUUAUUAUAACAAUGCUUAUACAAUAACUUUUUCUCGAUCUGGUGAGAGUAAUAUAGCUAACUGUUUUGUUACUAUACAAGAACAAGACUGUAAUAUCCUACCUCCUGGACCAUCAAACAACUAUACCGAUUAUAGAGGAUUCUAUACAGCAUCUAAAACAACUACUAGUUUAACUAUGCAUAUUGAUACAGUAUCUAAACAAAGAGAUGAUGGUAUCUGGAGAUGUAGAGUGGAUGAACUUCCAUCUGAAUCAUUUCAAAUCAAUAAAACUAUUAAUGUUAAAGGUAAUUCUAUGUUACUAGAGCUUCAUUAUUUCAUCUAG